UGCCCAAACCCAACGGUGGCCGCAAAUCCAACAGUGCGGCCGCGAAUCCCCUCAGGCAGCAUCCGGGGCGGAAGGAGAAGCCGCCAGCGGCCCAGCGCCAUGGCGAUCUCCACCUGCAGCUCGCGCCUCCUCCUCGCCCCCGCUCCCUCCUCCCGCGCCGCCGCCCCAGCUCCCCCGCGCCCCGCCGCGCACCCGACCCGCCUCCCCUCCGCUCCAGCCUCCCGCCGCCGCUCCCUCCGCCUCGCGCGCCCGCUGCGCGCCUACAUCUCCGCGCCGGCGCCGGGCCCCGAUGCCGCCUAUGCGCCGCCCUCCCUCGACGCCGCGGCCGCGGCGGCCGACGUCGCCGCCGCCAUCUCGUCCUCCGACGCCGUCACCUGGGCGGGCGUCUGGGCGCUGCUCUCGCGCCACAGGGCCCGCAUCGCGGUCUGCCUCGCCGCGCUCCUCGCCUGCACCACAUGCACCCUCUCCAUGCCGCUCUUCUCAGGGAGGUUCUUCGAGACGCUGAUUGGGCGGGGGAACGAGCCGCUGGGGAGACUGCUGUCCAAGAUCGCGGUGCUGUACACGCUGGAGCCCAUCUUCACAAUCAUAUUUGUGGUCAACAUGACCGUCAUCUGGGAGCAGGUUAUGGCCAGGCUGCGGAGCCAGAUAUUUCGGAGGAUUCUGAUACAAAAGAUGGUGUUUUUUGAUCGGCACAAGGUUGGUGAAUUGACUGGUUUGUUGACAUCUGAUUUGGGUUCCUUGAAGAAUGUUGUAAGUGACAACAUAUCUAGAGAUCGUGGACUAAGGGCACUCUCUGAGAUCACUGGUACCCUUUGUAUACUUUUCACACUAUCUACUGAGCUAGCUCCUGUUCUAGGGCUCCUAAUGGUCUCCGUCUCCGUUCUAGUUGCUCUUUUCAAGAGGUCAACUGUUCCCACUUUUAAAUCUUACGGAAUUGUGCAAGCACGCAUAUCAGAUUGUGCAUCAGAGACAUUUUCAGCUAUUCGUACUGUCCGGACUUUUGGUGGUGAAAAACGACAAAUUUCUUUUUUUGACAAUUUGGCACGUGCUUACCAAAAUAGUGGCACAAAACUUGGAGUGCUGAAAUCUGCUAAUGAAUCACUAACAAGGGUAGUGGUUUAUGUAUCACUAUUGGCACUUUACAUUCUUGGUGGAAGCAAGGUCAAUGCGGGAAAACUGUCUGUUGGGACCAUGGCAUCUUUUAUCGGUUACACCUUCACAUUAACCUUUGCUGUUCAAGGAGCUGUUAAUACCCUUGGUGAUCUACGUGGCACAUUGGCUUCUGUAGAAAGAAUAAAUUCUAUUCUGUCAGCGAACGACAUUGAUGAUUCACUUGCAUAUGGUUUAGCCAAAGAACUCGACAGCAAAGAGCUUGAAGAUUCCAAUGGCGGAGUGUAUGAAAAUGGCUCUGUUAACAAACAUUUCAUGUCAGAACUGAAAUCAUCCAGUAGCUGUAGUAAUCUAGCCUGGUCUGGUGACAUUCAUCUUAAAGAUGUCCAUUUUUCUUAUCCACUGAGAUCUGAUGUGGAGGUUUUAAAUGGCCUUGAUCUUACAAUUGAGUGUGGAAAAGUCACAGCACUUGUAGGGCCUAGUGGUGCCGGCAAAAGUACUGUGGUGCAACUUCUAGCACGGUAUUAUGAGCCAACUCAAGGUUGCAUCACCGUGGCAGGAGAAGACGUACGCAUAUUUGACAAAAGAGAGUGGUCUCGAGUAGUAUCUCUAGUGAAUCAGGAUCCAGUCCUCUUCUCUGUGUCUGUUGGAGAAAAUAUUGCUUAUGGUCUCCCAGAUGAUGUUGUCUCCAAGGAUGACAUAGUAAAAGCUGCUAAAGCCGCCAAUGCUCAUGAAUUCAUCAUUUCUCUUCCACAGGGGUAUGACACUCUUGUUGGUGAACGAGGCAGUCUCCUAAGUGGGGGACAAAGACAGAGGAUUGCAAUUGCACGGGCCCUUCUGAAAAAUGCUCCUAUUCUAAUACUUGAUGAGGCUACUAGUGCACUGGACACGACAAGUGAGCGGCUCGUGCAGGAAGCUCUCAAUCACUUGAUGAAGGGAAGGACUUCCCUGGUGAUUGCCCACAGGCUGAGCACCGUGCAGAAUGCACAUCGAAUUGCUGUUUGCUCUGAGGGCAAGAUUACUGAACUGGGGACGCACGCCGAACUGGUUGCUAAGGGUGGCAGUUAUGCAUCACUUGUCGGGACACAGAGGCUUGCUUUCGAGUAAUAACGCGUCAACGAUCGAGUAACAGUUCGAGUGCACCCAAGGUGCAUUUUUUUUUACUAUAUCUCCUUUUUACAUCAUUAGAGGUUACAGUUUAUCUAUAGAAAACAAAGAUGGCAUAGUUUGUUACUAAUCCACAGCAGCUGUACAUGAAUCAGGAAACACAGCAUGGUGUAAUAUAGAGAUAAUUGACUGCACUGAACUCAAUGUUUGAAAGACUAAUUUAAGGCCCAUCAGCCUGUCCACU